GUACAAAUUUGGAAGCCGUUCAUGAUAGAUCUCGCAAGGUACCUAUUUAACAAUUGAAAUGCUCGAGGAAGCUAUGUCCCAGGCAGAACCAACCUAGUCAAGUGCCUCUAUCACAACACUCGAAAGGAGGACUUUUAUCACCUGCAUAACCUCGUCUGCUCAUUUCCUUUCCUUUUCUUUCCUUUCAAUCUUUCAGCUGUCCGGAAUUCGAUGUGUAACUUAUCUCGUCUUUCCUCGGGUUCAACUUGUUUGCAAUUGGAAAAUCUAUUCUCAGUUGGUCUCUCAAAACUCCGUCCUCUUUUUACGUCGACUUUACUUCGCGUGUGUCUCUGACAACCAUUGAGCAUGGUUCUCGGGAAAUCAAUCGAUUGUCUUAACGAAACGCAAGCAUGGAGGGAAAACCCUGCGGAUCCUGAUCUCGUGGGAAUCGGUGUCAUAUUGUCCUUCAUAUUGACAGCGUUUGCGGCCGUCUCCACACUGGCUUUGGCCUUUGUGAAUCAUGGAAUCCCAGAAGAACAGUAUAACUGUGUUGACCAAAAAAUCAUCUCCAGACUGGACAGCUGGCUAGGACACACCACCCGAGCCCUUAAAAAGGGACCUAGAAAGACAGUAUACCAAACCUUCAUUCUGGCCUUGAGCGAUCAGACGCUUGUCAUUGGAAUUGCUCUUCUCAUCACUAUUUACGCCCAGAUCUGUGACAUCACCGCUUUCACUUUCCAGAUGGCCAAUGACCUCGUUUUCUUCUGCUCAACGGCUUAUCUGGCAACACUUACGGCUCUUAGAAUGCACUUCAAGCAUAACAAAUGGCAGAAGCGACUACGUGUCUCUCUAAUGGCCUUCCACCUGGUCUUCCUCCUGUCAAGCACCUUCAUCCAAUACUUGACUUGGACACACGACCCUGGGACACUGGAAGUUUGCGUGAUCGACGACUACGAAGACGAGCUUGGUUCAACAAUCCUGGAUUGGCUGGCUCUGGUUUUGUUCAUGGUUUGGUGUUACCAUGAAAGUCUCACGGCCGAUCUGAGAAGCGACAGGCUUUAUGGUGAGGAGGAGCAUCGAUACCCCCUUGCACUGUCCCUAGAAGCUCGUUUCUCCCGAGAUCCGCACUUCAAGGACGACCUUGAAGCAUAUGUGCAUGAAGAGAAACUUCGAAGACUUGGAAAAUGGCAGAAUUUGCAAAUGCUUCUGAGGGGAACCCCUUCCGGAUACCCGAAGCCGCUGUACAAGUUCUUCAAGAUGUUCCAGAUCGCGGGCCCGGAUAUAUGGAAGGAGGUCGCCAGCUCCUUAUUCACCGACGUCCUGACCACGGUCAUCUGGUUCGGCCUGGCCAUUUUAUAUCUCGUCCGACACUUGCAAUUUGAGGAGGUUGAUCUGUCACCACUAAUGGAAUGGAAGUUUGGCCAGGCGAUACCGGCUAUCCUUCUCAUUGUCUACGCAAUAAAUGCCGUGGAGUCCAGGAAUAGUGUGGCACACGACACCUCUAUCACAAGGGGUACAGCUCAAGAAGACGCCGCGACUCAGCUCAGUGUGCAGCCAAGUAAUGACCUUGUUCAUAAUUCCUCGGCUGGCGCAGAAAGACUCGCCAGCCAACAAGAAGCACUAGAGCCUGCCGUCCAAGAGCAGAACCUUCCCCAAGAUGAAGCUACUGGGUAUUCUCAAGGAAACCCAGCCUCAGAGCCCCAACAGAUGGUGCGGCGAAGAACAGCACAGCUUCAAGAAGCUUCAACCGCUUCUGCUACGGCGACAGCACAGUCACAUACUUCCAGCCCCACGCAACGCAGAGUGAGCACCCUUGAGAUGGAAGAUGGUCGAGAGUCCGAUGCCCAAGACUUGCCUGAUGUCGACCUCGUUGAGCUUGUCAUGAAAAAGAGCAGAGGCUGCGGCACCAUUUAUGUGCUAAUCUUUCUCGCGCUCAUUAUAGGCUUCACGGCCUUCUUGUUCCUUUCCUUUACUAUAGCUGUCAUCGUUGGUGGUGAAAUCUACACACUAGGCAAGUUGUUCAAAAAUAUGCAGGCGGUUAUGGGUGUCCGCCGAGUCCGAAAAGAGCGACGGUUGCAGAGGGAAGCAGCGAGAUUGCGAAUUCCGAACUCGUAUCGUUAAGUGGGAAUCGUUCAAUAUGGCAGCUUGUUCGAUCAUGAUCCUCAAAUAGCAUCAGGUCUCCUGCAGCCCGUCUCCUUGAUUUGUGGUCCACGUAUCCCGUUUCUCUUUGGCCAUGGAUGAUCCCA